GGAGAGAGCACACGCGUCGUCGACUCAGGAGCUGGUGGUUCGGCAACACUAACUAUUCCGAAUUUUCUGCACUUAGUGGAGAUGCCCAGUCGGGGAACGCGCCCGGAGGACAGCGCCGUGCUGCCUCCCACCGACAGCUCGACCCCACAGAAGGAGGACCUUUGCAGCAAGAUAAAAGAACAAAAAAUUGUUGUGGAUGAACUGUCUAACCUGAAGAAGAAUAGGAAAGUAUACAAGCAGCAACAGAACAGCAACAUAUUCUUUCUUGCAGACCGAACAGAAAUGCUUUCUCAAAGCAAAAACUUAUUAGAUGAACUGAAAAAAGAAUACCAAGAAACAGAAAACUCAGAGAAGACCAAAAUCAAGAAGUAGUCAACUUGACAUCACAUAAUCAUGUGUGGCAUUUGUUGUUCUAUAAGCUUCUCUGCUGAGAAUUUCAGUAAAGAUUUAAAGGAGGAUUUACUGUAUAAUCUUAAGCGACGCGGACCCAAUAUUAGUAAACAGCUGUCAAAGUCUGCUGUUAACUACCAGUGUCUAUUUUCUGGUCAUGUACUUCACUUGAGAGGUGUUUUGACUGCGCAGCCUCUGGAAGAUGGAAGAGGCAAUGUGUUCCUGUGGAAUGGAGAAGUCUUCAGUGGAAUAAAGGUUGAAGCUGAAGAGAA